ACAUAGCAGCUCCGCGUGCGGUAGAGAGACCGCACGGAAACAAACACUCACACCGCGUAACAAAAUACCGAAGACGUGACCUCAAACUACACGGAUACAACCACCAUAAACAUCGCUCCGGAAUGGAUAAGCGGCAAAGACAGUAGUCUCGGGUGGGACAGAGGAGGAUGGGCGCAGAGUCCUGGUGUCGGUGUAGAUGUCUCUCGGUCGGCUCUUGCGACGCGCCUCCUCCAAGGCCUCGGACCUCCUGACCUUUAACCCAGGGUCGGCGGGUUCGCGGAACGGCUUGGACGGGGAGAUCAUCUUCUCCAAGAACAAUGUGUGUGUGCACCCUGCCGAGCCCCUCCCGGGUCUGCCCGAACACCACCCAGGGUACCUGUGUGUGCACAUGGAGAAGGAUGAGAGCCUGGGAACCACUCUGAUCCUCACCUGGGUUCCCAACUCCCGUAUCCAGAGACAGGACGAGGAGGCCCUGCGUUACAUCACCCCAGAGAGCUCACCUGUCCGCAGGAACGCUCGGCGCAGGACCCGCAGGCCCCACUCCCGACACCCUCCCGCCCAGGAGGAAGAUGAGGACCGGGAGGAGGAGGCCCAGCAACAGCAGUCCCAGUCUGGGACGGAUGAGGGAGACGAGGGGUCCUGUGAGCUGUCGGCUGACGAGGUGAGCAGGGACAGCACCAUGGGCUCGGACUCAGACACCACCUUCUCCUCACCCUUCUGUCUGUCGCCCGUCAGCGAGUCCCUCUUUGAGAGCAGCGGCUCUGUGUUCCUGGACAACGAGAGCAGGGAGCUGUGUGACGAGUCCAUGACCCAUUCGGCUAGCUCCGCCUCCAGCCUGGACAGCCACGCUCCCUCUGAGAACAACAGCCAAUCGCAGGGCAUGCGGUGGGAGGAACAGCAGAAGGUGCUGGCGUUGGAGCAGCUGGGGGGAGUGUUCCGGGUCGACCUGGGUCACAUGAGGUCGCUCCGCCUCUUCUUCAGUGAUGAGGCGUGUAAUAGUGGUCAGCUGGUGAUCGCCAGCAGGGAGAGCCAGUAUAAGGUCCUCCACUUCCACCACGCAGGUCUGGACAAGCUGGCUGAGGUCUUCCAACAGUGGAAGUGCUGCAGAGAGACGCAGCUCAAAGACCAGGUAGUGGAUGAGAAGUCAUGUAUGCAGUUCUCCAUCCGGAGGCCCACCCUGCCGUCCGCUGAGACCCACCCGGAGGAACGUCUGUACCGCCGCCUGGACGUCACCACCUGGCUCCGACACCUCAACCACAACGGACAGGUGGAGGAGGAGUACAAGCUACGCAAGGCCAUCUUCUUUGGGGGCAUUGACCCAUCCAUCCGCGGGGAGGUGUGGCCCUUCUUACUGCACUACUACAGCUGUGACUCCUCCUCCCAGGAGAGAGAGGCCUGGAGACUGCAGAAACGCUCUGAGUACCACCACAUCCAGCAGAGGAGGUUGUCUAUGAGUCCUGAGGAGCACAGUGACUUCUGGAGGAAGGUUCAGUUCACCGUGGAUAAGGACGUGGUGAGAACAGACCGCAGCAACCACUUCUUCUUGGGAGAGAACAACCCCAAUGUGGAGAUCAUGAGGUGUGUGCUGCUGAACUACGCAGUGUUCAACCCAGAGAUGGGAUACUGCCAGGGCAUGUCUGACCUGGUGGCCCCCCUGCUGACCGAGGUGCAGGAUGAGAGUGACACGUUCUGGUGCUUCGUAGGCCUGAUGGAAAACACCAUCUUCAUCAGCUCUCCCCGCGACGAGGACAUGGAGAGACAACUGAUGUACCUGAGGGAGCUGUUGCGUCUGAUGCUGCCCCGGUUCCACCAGCACCUGACCCAGCUGGGGGAGGACGGCCUACAGCUGCUGUUCUGUCACCGCUGGCUCCUACUCUGCUUCAAACGGGAGUUCCCCGACACAGAGGCCCUGCGUAUGUGGGAGGCCUGCUGGGCACACUACCAGACGGACUACUUCCAUCUGUUUGCGUGUGUGGCCAUCAUCGUGCUGUACGGUGAUGACGUGACGGAGCAGCAGUUAGCCACCGACCAGAUGUUGCUCCACUUCAGUAACCUCUCCAUGCACAUGAAUGGGGAGCUGGUGCUGCGCAAGGCCCGUAGUCUGCUCUACCAGUUCCGUCUGUUACCCAGAAUCCCGUGCAGCCUCCAUGACCUGUGUAAGCUGUGCGGUCCAGGGAUGUGGGACAGUCGCUACAUCCCGGCCGUGGAGUGUUCUGAGCACCCCGACUCUCAGAGCUGCCCCUAUGGAGGCACAGCCACCCCCAGCCCUCGGCCUCCGUCACCCUCACCCAACCCCACCCCACUCCCCGAGGGCAAGAGAGGUUCCAAGACCAGAGACAUCUUCAUGUUUCGGAAGCAGUCCUGAGUUGAAAUAGGGGGGAGGGAGACAAUGGUGCUAACUAUAACUGUUGAGUAGAUCAGAAGCUGCAGUACCACUUUUCUGCCACAAGGAUACCCAACAUACUGUAUGUGCUUCUCUCUGAUACUUCUCUUCACACUCUCCCCCUUUUCACAAUCACCAUCUUAUUAAAGGGAUUUUCCACCUGAUCCUUUUGUCCGGUGUGACAUGGAACACUGCCUUAUAAGAAUGUAUAUUUAUUUGGAACAUUCAGUACCACAGACACUUGGCACUACGGUUCCCAUGAAGAAGCUGCUGCUCUGCUAUUGGAGGAGAUUGGACAAUCAUCACUGUGUUGGACUGUAACCUUUCAGGGUCCACACUGUGGUCUAAGGUUGCUGGACUGGAUUAAACGUGACUCCAACGGUCAACUACUGACUUGAAGGGGAAUUGUUGAGAUUUGAACUCCAUCGAAAGGUCUUCAUAUGCUCACAAUGGAAUGUUUGUGUGAAUAAUGGAAUGAUAUAUUAUCUCAGCAUAUUGCAAUCAGGCUGAAGCCUAUUAACACGACACACGUAUAAACCUCCAUCAACCAAGAGAGGCAGGCUGUCAUUUCAACUGUCAGUAAGUUGAAAUAUUGUUACUUUUCAAAUCAUAUAUUUUUUUCUGUUCCCUUCAAAGAGGGAGUGUGUGUAUCUGUGGGUUUGCGAUUACAAUAUUUAGCAAUAUAGUACGAUUAUAUCCUUGCAUGAGCAACCCUUUAAGUAUAAAGGGCACAACCUGUUUAGCUAAUAACACAAAGCCAAAACAGAGGUGUGUGUAUAUAGGGAACUGUUUCCACAACAAGUUUUCUACAAACAUCCUUAUCAGACUCCUGUUCAGAAACCUGCUAAUUUAUUCUUCCAUUAUCAGAUGACACUGCCUGUCAGGCUGAAGGAAGGUGGGAUUUCAUUUAUCUUUGAUAAGAGGGGAUACGAAUAAAUAUGGCAUCUAUCAAAGCAAUAGGGAUUAAACAAUUCAAAGUUAGACUAGAUGUAGAGCUUAAAAAAUAUGUGAUGAUGGUUGUGGAUAUCCCACCAUUACCAGUCAGUGUACAGUUUGGUCAGCUAGCUACAUAUCGAAUAUGAGAUCAUGUGUUUAACUUUACUUUAAGUUUGUUUUUGUUAAAAAAUGUCAGAUUGAGCUUUUACACAGCCGCCCUGUGUUUUUGUUUUUCCAUA